CCGUACUUCCGGGAGGAGCGGAAGUGACGCACCAGAAGGGGCUCCGGGGCUGGCACGGUUUCAUCAGGUUUCUGUAUGCUGCCCUCUGCACUCCGGCUCCGUACAGGCAUCCGGCUCGCCCCGUCCUGGGUCUGUGGUUCUUGUCGUUCCUUCAUGGAUCUGAAGGCCCUCCUUUCCUCCUUAAAUGACUUUGCGUCCCUCUCCUUUGCUGAGAGUUGGGACAACGUGGGGUUGCUGGUGGAACCCAGCCCGCCCCACACCGUCCGUACACUCUUCCUGACCAAUGACUUGACCGAAGCAGUCAUGGACGAGGCCCUGCAAAAGAAGGCGGAUCUCAUUCUCUCCUACCACCCCCCGAUUUUCCGCGCCGUGAAGCGCCUAACUUGGAAAACCUGGAAGGAGCGCCUGGUUAUCCGGGCCCUGGAGAACAGGGUUGCCAUCUACUCUCCCCACACGGCCUAUGACGCCGCACCCCAGGGAGUCAACACCUGGCUGGCCAAAGGGCUCGGAGCUUGCAGCACAAGGCCCAUCCACCCUUCCAAAGCUCCUACCUGCCCCACAGAGGGAGCUCACCGACUGGAAUUCAACGUGAGCCACACCCAAGACCUGGACAGAGUCAUGUCUGCGGUGAGAGGGAUUGGAGACAUCUCUGUCUCUUCUUUUACUGCUAGUCGUGAUGGUGAAGAAGAGACACGGGUCAGCCUGAACUGUACUCAGAAGGCCCUGAUGCAGGUGCUUGCCUUUCUCUCCCAGAACCAACAACUUUAUCAGAAAACUGAAAUUCUGUCCCUGGAGAAGCCUCUGCUUCUGGAUACUGGAAUGGGACGGCUGUGCACACUGGAUGAAGCUGUCUCCCUGGCAACAAUGAUAGACCGGAUCAAAGGACACCUAAAGUUAUCUCAUGUUCGCUUAGCUCUCGGAGUAGGGAAGACCUUAGAGUCCCCAGUCAAAGUUGUGGCCCUGUGCGCUGGUUCUGGGGGCAGCGUUCUACAAGGAGUGGAGGCUGACCUUUACCUCACAGGUGAAAUGUCCCACCAUGAUGUCCUGGAUGCGGCUUCCAAAGGAAUAAAUGUCAUUCUCUGUGAACACAGCAACACUGAACGAGGCUUCCUUUCCGAUCUUCAGGAAAUGCUGGGUGCUCACUUGGAGAAUAAGAUUAAUAUUAUCCUGUCUGAGACAGACAGGGACCCUCUUUGCGUGGUUUAGAAAGCAGAGGGAGUCAGAGACACAAGCCGUGAACAUUUGGGUGGAAACAGGGUGUGCAGGGAGAGGUGUGGGGCUGGCGCCCUCCUGCAGAAGCGGGCUCCAAAGACGUCGUUCAAGUUUACCAGUAAGGUUCCAAACGGUAUAGCUCACAAGGUAAAGAGUGCAAUAAAGACACAUGCUCACUAUAAACUCUUGAAAAAGGCAACUAAAA